ACAUUUCCUCUCUCUCUCUCUCUCUCUCUAAAAUAAGAGCAGCAAGCUGAAACCAAACCCUCGCCCCUCUCUUAUCCCUCUCUCAGAUCUCUCCCAAGAACACGCACUAACACGCACUGCAGCUACCCUACGAUUUCUAUGUAAAAAUGGGCUGUUUGGACACUGAAACUCUUCAUGCAGAGAGCUGGAAAAGGUUAAUGGUAGUGGAGCUGUUGAAGGGCAGAGACACGGCGACCCGACUUCGGGCUCUUCUGCAAGAUCCUCGCAGCCAUCAAGACCCCGUCUCCGCCGAGCAACUCGCCGUUGAGAUCUUCAGAUCUUUCUCCGAGAGUCUGUCCGUGCUGAGUUCCCGCGUCGACGUCGUCGGCUCAGCCCAGAUCCCCGCCGUUGACUCCGGCGGCUCCUCCUCCUGCUCCGGUGAGAGCAAGAAGAAGCCUGGGGUCAAAGAUCGGAGAGGUUGUUACAAGAGGAGGAGGACUUCUGAUUCUAGGGUGACAGUGUCUUCAACCAUGGAAGAUGGGUGUGCAUGGCGAAAAUAUGGACAAAAGGUCAUCUUAAAUUCUGAAUAUCCAAGGUGCUAUUACAGGUGCACCCAUAAGUAUGAAGGCUGCAAAGCUACAAAACAGGUGCAGAGAAUCAAAGAGGAUCCCGUCAUGUAUCAGACCACAUACUUCAGCAACCAUACAUGCAAGGAAACACCAAGGGCUCCACAUCUCAUCAUCGAUUCAGAUCCGGUGGAACCCAAUCUGAUCAGUUUUCAAGCACCGAAAGCACAGGAUCACACCCCAACAAAUCUAGUUAAACAAGAACUCUACAAAGAAGAUAACCUAAGUGAGGAUCAGGAUCAGGAUCAGGAUCUGUCUGAUGAUCAGGCGAAAUCAUCGUUGCUGCAGGAUCCAUGGCAAGAAUUCAUGGGGCUGGAAUCGUCUGGUUAUAAGCCCGUAUGGACCACCAUGAUCACAAGCUCCUCCUAUCAAGAAGAAGUGGCUUCAGCUGGUUUUCAUCACUCAUCUGAUGAUCAAACUGCUGGGUUGUAUGGGCUUGAUCUGGAGGUUGAUCAACUUGGUGAUAUAGACAAUAUAUUUCCACUGUUUUGAAGACCUGUACUGAGCUUCUGCUAUAUAUAUAUAUAUAUAUAUUCAUAUAUAUACUAUUUAGUAAAUAUUUCAUUUUGUUGUAAUAAUAAUUUUACUUAAUUAUUUUCCUAAAAAUUGGAA